AUGGCCAAGUCAUCGAGCACAUCCUUAAAACGCGACACUUGGCACCUUCCCGUCAUUGAAAAUAGCACAUCCUUGACUGAUGGUCUUGGUGGUGUUUCUAUUGCGACUAUAGUGAAAGUUGCCUGGGCUGUGCUGAUUUGGCACUACACAGGAUCUGAGAACGUCAGCUUCUUGUCAAUAAGCACGGCAGAUGAUGAACAACAGUAUUAUCCGUGCACGGUGCUUGUCCACGGUGACUCGCAGAUUUCCGCCUUGACGAUGCAGGUUAUGCAGAAUGUGAAGGAAAACACAUCAACAGAAACAUCUACCGAUUCAACUCCAUUUUUGCCUAACGAAUCGCCACUCUUGAACACCUUCACGACACUCAAAACAGCCAACUGCUCGACACCUGUGACUGAAAGCCCCCCGGACCGCCCGGUCGAACUUUGCAUUACUAAAAUUUGCAAUACACUGGAAAUCUCCAUUUACUUCAGGCCGAACGCCUUGUCUAUGCAAUUCGCCGACAGACUUGUUGCGACAUUUUCUCAUGUCCUUACAACUCUGGCCGGCACCCCCAAGGAGGACACAGUUUCGUCGCUGGACCUUGUGAGCAAGAGGGACAAGACUGAACUUUGGGCAUGGAACAAGGCCCAGCUCCCUGAAACCGUUCAUGACUCUAUCCACAAUUUAUUUCAGCAACAGGCGGCAAGUCAGCCUCACGCCAUGGCUGUGGAUGCGUUCGACGGGUGCUUUACAUACCGGCAAUUGGACACUGCCGCCAAUCGUUUAGCGCACGAACUUGUCCGAGAGGGAGUCGGUCGGGACUCCAUGGUUCCGCUCUGUUUUGAAAAGUCGUGUUGGGCAAUUGUCGCCCUGAUGGGAGUGUUGAAGGCUGGUGGUGCUUUGGUCUUUAUAGAUCCUGCAAACCCCGAGAGCCGGCGCAAAGAGAUCAUGGGCCAAAUUAAUAGCAACCUUAUAGUUGCGUCUCCCACUCAGGCACACUCAUGGGACACUGCGGGCGUCAAGACCAUCUCGGUAGAUAAAGAUCUCGUCAAUUCGCUCCCUGACACAAGCGGGCCGCCAAAAACUAGCAUGACUCCAGAAGACCUUCUCUAUGUCAUCUUUACUUCUGGGAGUACAGGAAAGCCCAAGGGCUGUUUAAUUGAACACAAGGCCUUCCUCUCUGGAGCAGUACAACAUGCUGCCAAGUCAAAUUUGACUAGCACUAGCCGCGUGAUGCAGCUUGCGUCUUACAGCUUCGAUGUUAGCAUGUUGGAAAUCCUGACCUCAUUGAUAUCCGGUGCCACAGUUUGCACACCGGGUGAGGCCUCCUUGUCCAAAGGUCUAGCCUCGGUCAUUAAUAGCUACGGCAUCAAUUGGACAUUCCUUACACCCUCUAUGGUGAAGCUGCUUUCGCCUGACGAGGUUCCAGGCCUGAAGACACUGAGCUUGGGGGGAGAGCCACUACACAAGGGUGAUAUCGAGACAUGGGCACCAUGUCUUCAGCUCAUUAACGGUUAUGGCCCAACCGAGUGUUCCGUAGCCGCCGCUGGUGACGCCAAUGUUCAACCGGACGCCGAUCCAGCGAACAUCGGCCGAGCCGUCGGAGGUCUCUGCUGGAUUGUUCACGCGAAUGACCACAACAAACUCGUGUCCAUUGGUGCUGUUGGUGAACUGCUCAUCUCCGGCCCCAUCUUGGCCCGCGGCUACUUGAACGACCCGUCGAAGACGUCGAAGUCUUUCAUUGAAGAUCCCCCGUGGUCGACCGAAUGGCUGCGAACCAUCGGCGCCAAACCCGAGACCUCGAUGCGUUUAUACAAAACUGGUGAUCUUGCCAAGUUCAAUAGCGACGGAACUAUCCAUUUUUUGGGCCGUAAAGAUCACCAGGUAAAGCUAAAUGGAUUGCGUAUCGAGCUAGGCGAUAUUGAACACAACAUUGCGCAAAAUGCACACGUGAAUCAUGUUGCCGUCUUCCUGCCGAAAUCAGGGCCUUGUAGUGGGAAGCUGGUCGCCGUUCUGAGCCUCCGCGCUUUCGCUGCCGAAGCACAACCGGGGCAAAAGAUUGCAGUAGUGAGCACAACUGAUCAUGGAGCUUCAAGAGACCAGAUCGCAAAUGUUCGUCAGUUCCUGAAAGGAGAAGUGCCUGAAUACAUGUUUCCAUCAGUAUGGAUUGUCAUAGAAGCUUGGCCUCUGCUUAUAUCCGCGAAGCUAAAUCGCAAACUAGUCAUGAAUUGGCUGAUCUCGAUGGACGACUCAACUUAUAGGCGGCUGAUGAAUUUGGGGCUGGAAGACGAGAAUGAUUCAAUCUUGUCUGAGUCUGAGACUACUCUUCGCGCAAUUUACAGUCGCAUCUUGAAUCUGGCCCCAGAUCUGAUCCCUGUCGACAGGCCCUUCCUUACACUUGGGGGAGACAGUCUCGCCGCAAUGAGAGUUCUAGCCCAUUGCAGAAAGGCUGGAAUCCGUCUCAGAUUCGAAGACAUCGUCAAAAGUAGUGGUGACCUUGCCCUUCGAAUUGAACAGGAAAGGGCGAAUGAGGGAGAAGACUUUAGCUUGCCAAUCAAAGCGUCUCCUGUCCAGUCCAUGCUCCUUGGUCCCAUUCCACUAGGCGACGAUAACAUCGGGUUUAGAGAAGCCCCCUGUCAGGUUGUGGUAAUCAAAGUAGAGCGAGACAUUACCCAGGAUUACUUCAAGGCCGCUAUUGAAGCGAUCGUCUCCCAACAUGCCAUGUUGCGUGCUCGAUUCUCCAGCAGCCCUGGCCACUGGGUGCAGACAACCGAGCCCCAGACGGAGGGAUCAUUCCACUUCAACGUCUACACUGCGGACAGUGUUGCGGAUAUCACAUGUAUUGAAUUAUCCGCAAGACGACGCUUACGGCCCUCGGGUCCUGUUUUCUCUGCAGACCUUGUCAUCAUGAGAUCACAUCAACUUGCGAUUAUGGCUGCUCAUUCAGCAGUAGCAGAUACAACAUCGUGGAACAUCAUCCUCCAGGACCUUGAAUCCUAUCUUUUGACUGCGUCACUUGAAAGUAGGGCUAAAAGUCACUUUCGUCAGUGGGUCGGGAAGAGCUUUGGCCGCGACUCGGCGUCUGAUCAACUACCAAACAACGGAUCUUCGUCUGUGAACACACGUUCAUCGAACACAGACGUGUUUGAGGUGGUAGAGAAUACGUUUAUAAUCGACCGAAUUGCGACUGACAAACUCCUGAACUACGAAAUUCACAAAGCUCUUCGCACGGAGCCUGAGGACAUAAUUGUAGCUAGCAUGCUUCAGGCUUCCAGUGAAGGGAAUUUUGCUACAAUUUUGCCGGCUAUACACAUGUUUGACAGCAACCGUACAUCUGAGGAUAGUGAACUGAACUUUUCAGGCACCGUCGGCUGUUUCAAAGUAUUGAACACGGUAUCGAUUGAGGCUGCUGAAAUCGACAGUAUCCUCGAUAUACUUAGAAGGGUCAAGGAUGCUCGUCGAAUCUCAAUACGGAAUGAGACAAAAACUCCCGGAGCAAAUGAAAACGAUGAGCGAAGUGUGAGAAGCGGCGAAGCAUUGGAUAUUCACUUUGAGUAUCAGGAUCCAAUUCAUACUGGCACUAGUGUCGGCUCCAAGAUUAGGCUUGGAAAAAGCCGUCUCUUUGAUUGUCAAUUAAGGAGUCUGCACAGCAAACCCGAAGGGACCUUCCUUAUCGAUGUCUUUGCUAGGCCAGUGGAGACGGGACUACAGAUAAGAUGUGUUUAUAACCCAUCUCUCCAGAUCCGGGACAAAAUUCGGGGAUGGUUCGAGUCAGUAGAGCAUUCUAUCCAUAGUCUGAUGGAUGAAGUGGUCAGAUCUGGUACCCAGUACUCUUUGGCAGAUUUCCCUUUGCUUCCAUUAAACUACAAUAGUCUCGAAGCAUUGGUUACGGAUCGUCUCCCUGCAAUUGCGGCUGACAUGGACAUGAUAGAUGAGGUGUAUCCAUGCUCUCCAAUGCAAGAGGGCCUCUUGAUCAGCCAGAGUGUUUUAGACAGCGGUGUCUACCAGCACUUCAACAUUGUAGAGAUCACACCUCGCAAGCCCGAGGCAACGGUAGAUGCCGCGCGCUUGGCUAGUGCCUGGAGGCAGGUUGUUCAGCGGCAUUCGUCUCUUCGCACUGUCUUUAUAGAAAGCUCGGCUAGGAAUGGCUUAUUCGAUCAAGUUGUUCUCAAGAAAGUCGAUCCUGAUAUUGUCAUGGUUGACUACGCAGUGUUAGAAGCGGAUCGCGUAUUCAAGGAGCAGGGAGCUUUACUAUUCGCCAGCGGAAUGCUUCCUCAUCGACUUACCAUCUGUCAAGUAUCCGCCGACAGGCUCUUGAUUAAGUUGGAUAUUAACCACGCUAUCAUUGAUGGUAGCUCCAUUGCCAAUAUUGUUUACGAUCUUGUCUUGGCUUAUGAAGGUCAAUUACCUGUCGACCAGGCGUUCAGAUUCAGCAGCUACAUCCAACGCCUUCAGCAGCUUCCUGCGCAGCCGGCGCUUCAGUUCUGGAAAGCCUACUUGGUGAAUCUCCGGCCUUGCCUUAUUCCUCCACUGGCUCAGCUGGAGGCAAAAUGUGUUGAAAAAUUGGCCAAAGAGGCGCAAGUCCAAUUCAAUUUAGCCACAGACGUUCUGUACAAGUUCUGCCAAGAGGCAAAUGUGUCGCCUGCGAGCGUUUUCCAAGCUGCAUGGGCUUUGGUUCUACGAUUAUACACUGAGUCUGAUGACGUGUGUUUUGGUCUUAUUUGUUCUGGCAGAGAUGUGGCACUGCCAAAUAUUGAAGGUGGUGUCGGGGCUUUUCUAAACAUGCUGGUGCAUCGGCUGGUUUUGGCUCAAGAUAUGCAACUUUCUGACGAUGAAGGGCUUCAGGUACUGGAUGACAGCAGCAUUGACGUAAAGAACAUCUCGGUCAACGAUCCCACCGAGUAUCCUCUUACGCUGGAUAUUUGGUUCUCAAGCGGCCGUGCCAGAGCAACCCUACGACAUUGGGUAGACUUUAUGACCCCUUUGCAGGCAGAGAGUAUUGCUAGCACUUUUGAAAGGGCCGUCCAUUGUGUACUGGCUAAUUCUCAAAUGACCAUUGGGGAGCUCGAACUGGUUGGUGAACACCACCUCGCUAAGCUUGUCGAGUUUAACGGCCAUAGCCGACCAAGAUCUGAACGCCUCAUAUUCACCCGUUUCGAAGAGAAUGCUAGAGCCAAACCUGAAGCUCCAGCAAUCCACGGCUGGGACGGCUCAUGGACAUACACAGAGCUCGACAAUAUCACGAACCGUUUAGCACACCACUUGCGCAAUUGGGGUGUUGGCCCUGAGGUCAUCGUCCCGCAUUGCUUCCAGAAGUCAGGUUGGGCAGUCAUAACAAUAAUGUCCAUUCUCAAAGCCGGUGGUGCUUUCGUAGGUCUUGAUCCCAGCCACCCUGUUCGACGGUUAGAAUACCUUGUCAGUGAAGUAAAUGCGACCGUAGUUUGCACUACUGCUGACAAUGCACGUCUGUUCGUGGGAAUGAGAAAUUUGAAACACCUUGUUAUAGUCCAACCUAAGCUCAUUGAUAGUUUGCCGGAUGAAUAUGGCCAUCCUCAUACAGAAGUCAAGCCCAGCAACGCAGCUUGCGUGGUGUUUACUUCGGGCACAACUGGCAAUCCAAAGGCUAUCGUUAUUGAACAUUCUUCAAUGGCAAGCAAUUCAGACCUGAUGGGUCCUGUAUUAAAACUCGACAGUUCUUCUCGAGUCUUUCAGUUUGCUUCUUACACAUUCGACGUGUCGAACCAGGACAUCCUUACUACGCUGCAGCGCGGAGGAUGCGUAUGCAUACCAUCUGAAGACGACCGCCUCAACGACCCAGGAGCAGCUAUUGAGCGACUCGGCGCAAACUGGGCCAACCUGACCAGUACAGUUAUGAGUCUCAUUCAGCCGGCUACAGUUCCGUCCCUAAGGCGUAUCUUUCAGCUCGGAGAGCCGCUCUCCCGGGAGGCUAAGAACCUUUGGGCUGAGAAGCUGGAACUAUAUAAUACUUAUGGUCCGGCGGAAGCGGCUGUGUCGGUUACUUGCACCGCUCCGCUUUCAGUUGAGUCUAGCAGCUCAAAUGUCGGCACAGCUCCUGGUUGCUCGGCCUGGGUGGUUGACGUGACCGACGUCAAUAAAUUGGUCCCACUUGAUGCCAUUGGAGAGCUCCUACUCGAAGGUCCUCUCCUGGCGCGACUUUACCUGAAGAACCCGGCCAAGACAGCCGCAGCCUUUGUCGAGAAUCCCAGCUGGGCGCAGAGAAUGUACCCUUCGCAGAAUCGUAGAUUUUACCGAACUGGAGAUCUUUGCCGUUUCAACAGUGACGGGACUCUCACUAUUCUUGGUCGUAGAGACACUCAAGUCAAAAUCAACGGUCAGCGAGUAAAACUCGAUGAGAUUGCACAUCAGAUACAACAUCAACUUGGAACAAGAGCUCUCGUGUCAGUUGAUGCCAUCCGCAUUGAUAAGACUUCCCGGAGUAAGGCUCUGGUCGCCUUUAUUCAGUUCUUAGACCACCGAUAUGAGGAGGCGGAUUCUGAUGAUAUUUUGAUCUCAGUCGAUGAACAGCGGGCUGCUGAGUUCGUAAUCUUGCAUCACAAGCUUCGAAAACACCUCCCCAAAUACAUGGUGCCUUCGCUUCUCAUACCGAUUCGACAUACUCCUCGCACGGCAAAUGGAAAACUUGAUAGAUCCAAGCUCGACGAGAUUGCUUCCAGUUUAUCAGAUGACAAACUAUCCAGCUACAAGCUGAGGAUUGGCGAGGGUCAAGACCUCAAGACUGAUGAAGAAAAACUUCUACAAACACUCUGGAGUGAUGUUUUUUCCGUCUCUGCAGACAAGAUCAGUGCAAACGACGAUUUCUUCCGUCUCGGUGGAGACUCCGUAACGGCCAUGAAUCUAGUGUCAGCAGCCCGUGCCAAAGGAGUGUCGAUUACUGUCAGAGACAUAUUCACAUCACCAUUACUUUCAGAGAUGGCCCUAAAACUAAGAAAAUGUGAAGAAAAUCAAAGAAAUGAGCCAUUUGACCUUCUCCAAACAUCAUCUGAAACGCUCAAGGGCAUCAAAGAUGAGGUCGCGUCACAGUGUGGUGUUCCAAGUGAGCAGGUUGUUGACUUAUAUCCAUGCUCUCCGUUACAGGAGGGGUUCAUGGCUUUAUCCGCUCGCCAGAAUGGUGUCUAUAAAGCGCAGAGAGCAUUUCGUAUUACGGACAAGGACUUUGAUUGGUCAAGAUUCAAGCAAGCUUGGGCUAUCGUGGUAAAAUCAGAACCUAUUCUGAGGACACGCAUCGUUCAUGUGAAUACAAUCGAUCGACCACUUCAAGCCGUGCUUGAGGAGGAUGGCGAUGUCGAGUGGCUCGAAAAGGAUAAUUUGGGGGCAUACCUCAAAGAGGAUAGGGAGCACAUCGUCUCUUAUGGCAGCGUACUUUGGAAGAAUGCGAUUAUUCAGGAUGGUACAUCAUGCUAUUUCGUUUGGACAGCUCACCAUGCCAUAUACGACGCUUGGAGUACUGGUAUUUUAUUUGACCAGAUCAGCCACGCCUAUCGGACUGGCACAGUAUCGACUAAGGCUACUGACUUCAAGAGGAUGAUCCGACACCUUUCUUCCCUGAAAGAUAAAGAUGAAAAAGCCUUCUGGCUAUCACAUUUCCCGGAAGACACGGGUGUACCUACCUGUUUCCCAAUAACGCCAUCAGCAGCUCAACAAAAUUAUUGGCCCGAUCAAUCAUUCCGCCUGACAAGCGGAGUGGUUCGAUUCCCUGGUCCCCAGACCAUUUCUGUGGCUACUAUACUACGGGCAGUUUGGGCGCUGACCAUUUCACACUACACAGACAGUAACGAUGUCGUUUUCGCUGAGACACUAUCAGGUCGAAACGCUCCUAUAUCAGGUGUCUCUGACAUGAAUGGCCCUGCUAUAACGACCGUUCCAGUCAGGAUUCGAAUAAAUCGGGCGAAUGGAACAAGCAUCAAACAAUACCUGGAGGCAGUCCAAGCUCAAUCAAUUGCCAUGAUUCCAUUCGAGCACACUGGCCUGCAGAAUAUCAAAAGGUUUGGAGCAAACGCCAAGUCUGUCAUCGACAGUCUGACGAAUCUAUUUUUAAUCCAGCCAUCAUCUUUAUCAUCUUCAUCUGGGACAGGCAUCGAUGGCUUGGAGACGGUAAUUAAUAAAUUUGAGGAUUACGACAGCUUCGCGCUUGUGAUUAAGUGUAUUUUGGAUGAGGACCGCAGUCUAAUCCUAGAGGCCCAAUACGACAAAGCAGUCAUUCAAGCUGAGCAAAUACAGCGCAUACUCAAACACUACGAUUUCAUGAUCCAGCAUAUAGUCAAUGAGGUCUGGGCGGAACAACCCAACGCAGAGGCGAUUUUUGCUUGGGACGGCAAUUACACCUACCACCAAGUUCAAGAGGCCACUGAGAAGCUGUCUAUCCGUCUCCAAAGCCUAGGCGUCGGCCCAGAAAUUGUGGUUAGCCUUUGCUUUGACAAGUCCAAAUACGCCGUCAUAGCAAUGCUUGCCGUGUUAACAGCAGGCGGCGCGUUCACGCAGCUAAGCCCAACAUAUCCUGCUGCCCGCAGGGAAGAAAUACUAAGCGCAAUCAACGGAAAUAUUGCAUUAUGCUCGCCACAGCAUGAAUCUUUGUUCAGCUCAAGCUCUUGUUGCACUCUUGUGGUUGACGACGAACUCCUUAACUCUCUCCAUCAUCAUUGUGGCCCUAUUGCUACCAACGUUCAACCUCACAAUGCAGCGAUUGUACUUUUCACAUCGGGAAGCACAGGAAAACCCAAGGGAAUUGUCGUAGAGCACCAGAAUCUCUGUUCUAUGCAACACUAUCAAGCUGCAAAUAUGGGCAUUGACAAACUGACACGGACCUUCCAAUUUGCCGCCAAUGUAUUCGACAACUCUAACUCAGAUGUGUUUCUUACCUUGAUGCAAGGCGGGUGCUUAUGUAUUCCAUCUGAAGAAGAGCGACUCAAUAACAUUCCGGCGGCCAUUAACAAGUAUAACGCUAAUUGGUGCUGUGUGGUGCCUACGGUGGCCGAAUCCUUGGAUCCCAACGAUGUUCCUACACUUGAGCACCUCUGCUUAGGCGGAGAGAAAAUUGGCCCUGAACUGCAUUCCCGAUGGACAGGGAGAGUUAAACUUAUAAAUGUAUACGGACCAGCCGAAUGCACAAUCAAUACUAGUUCCACAUGGCUACAACCAGGCAUACUGUCGAAUAGUAUUGGCCGUGGCCAAGGUUGUCGAACUUGGGUCACUAGCAAAUAUGACUACAACCAACUUGUUCCCAUUGGUUGUGUCGGCGAGCUAUGUGUUGAAGGACCAAUCGUAACCAGAGGCUACCACGGAGAAUCUCAGCUGACUGCCAGAACCUAUGUUACUAAUCCCAGAUUUGCACAGAGUCUUGGUAUCUCCAAUUUGCGCAUGUACAGGACUGGGGAUCUAGUCAAAUACGCUCCUGAUGGGUCGUUAUUGUUCAUGGGUCGCAGUGACGACCAGAUUAAGCUCCGUGGCCAGAGGAUUGAGUGCAGCGAAGUUGAAUUCCACAUUAUUUCCAGUGGAUUCCCUGCCGACGGUGUUCUGGUUGAUCUGAUAUAUCAAUUGGGAGAUAGGGCAAAGCCAGCUCUUGCCGCAUUUAUUCAGCUUGAUGCAGCUGACAGUACAACCAACAUGUCAUCUGUUCUGAAGCAACUGUCGGCGUCUGAGAGGCAACGUUUGUUGGCAGUACAGCGACAUUUAAGAGACAAAGUGCAGCCAUUCAUGGUGCCGUCGUUCCUCAUCGGCCUUCAACAAAUGCCGUUAACCCAGACUGGCAAGAAAGAUCGAAGAACACUCCGUGAAAUUGGCGCGCAACUCACGAGAGAACAACUGCAGCAGUACUCACUGGUAGGCCCCAGUGACUCUGAUAAAACAGCACUCACAGAGGUGACAGACGCUGAGAAUGAGCUGCGAACGCUGUGGUCUGAGGUUCUAGGAGUCCCUGUGGACUCCAUUCAUGCUCAUGACCACUUCUUCCAAUUGGGAGGUGAUUCAAUUUGGGCCAUGCGACUAUCGUCUGCAGCCCGUCGUAUCGGCAGAGUGCUAUUAGUUGUCGACAUAUUCAGCCAUCCGAUUUUGCGUGACAUGGUGGAAUAUUUCAAUGUGGCUGUCGGUGGAACUCGACCAGAUCACGUACAAUCACCGCUCGCCACUAAUUCAUCUGCUAUUGCUCAAGCCAGCAAGAAAUGCAACAUCAAACAGGAGGAGAUCGAAGACAUAUAUCCCUGCACUCCUUUACAGCAGAACCUGGUAGCAGUCACAACAGACAAGCCAGGGGCUUAUAUUGAGACGAAGAUGUUCCAUCUGCCUGAUUCAGUAGACAUCGACAACUUCAAGGCAGCAUGGCAGAUAGCGGCCGACCUGUUCCCUAUUCUACGAACCAGAAUUAUCCUGGGAAUUGACGCACAACCGCUGCAAGUGGUCGUCAAGGAAGAGCUACCUUGGGAAGAAUUCGAUGUCUCGGUCGACGAUUACCUUGCAAGUGAUAAACUACAUACCGUCGAAUAUGGCCGUCCACUUACAUCGUUUGCUAUUGCAACAAAGCCGCGCAUAUUUAUAUGGACCGUCCAUCAUGCCUUGUAUGAUGGUGUCAGCGCUGCUAACCUGCUGGUUGCUGUCGAGAGGCUGUACAAGCAGAAAUCGCUGCAAUACUUGCCAAUUGCUUUUAGCCGAUUUGUAAGCUAUCUCGGUGAAGUCGAUGGUGACGCUUCAGAUACGUUCUGGCAUGAGCAACUCAGUGGCGGGUCUCCUAAGAGCUUCCCGUUGCUUCCAAGUCCAGUGUAUGAACCUCGCCCAAGUUCUAGAUAUACCUGGGCGUUCAACAUACCGAAGCGUCAUAGGUCCUCUGGUAUUCGAGAUUCAGCUAUCUUAAGAGCGGCUUGGGCCAUCAUUACGGCGCGAUAUGUUGAAUCAGAUGACAUUGUGUUUGGGGCUGCCCUCUCCGGACGCGACAGUCCCAUAGACGGAGUCGAGGGCAUAAUUGGGCCAACAGUUACCACCGUUCCUAUCCGCGUGCGCUUAAACAGUACACAAAAGGUCAUUGAUUUCUUACAUACGGUCCAAAAUCAAGCAGACAGCAUGAUUCCAUACCAGCAUGCUGGCUUGCAAGCUUUGCGGGGUCUGGGUCCGGAUGUGCAAGCCGCUUUGAGUCUUAAAAGCCUUUUUGUAGUCCAGCAUUCUUUGGAAAACCUUCAUGUCGAUUUUUUCCUCGAUGAGGUGGAGGGAUUUGGGGACUUGAUGACAGGGUAUUAUGACUAUCCCCUGGUGAUGGAGUGCAUUCUCGGCGCUACGACGGAAGGACGUGGUCAAAGUGACAUCCAGAUCACUAUGGAUGCCAGAUUUGAUGCAGUCGUCAUCCCGAAGAAGCAUAUGGUGAGACUUUGCAGACAGUUUCGCCACGUUGUUGAACAACUCGACAAUAUAGAACAACUGGACACAUUGGACGACAUACGCCUCGCAAGUCGUGACGAUGUUGACCAGGUAAGUUCCUGGAAUGCUUCGCAACCUUGGGAGUGCGUAGAAAAGACUGUUCAUGAUAUCAUUUCCGAUCAGGUUCGCCUGAAUCCCAAUGCUGUUGCCAUUACGGGUUGGGAUGGUCAGAUGUCAUACCUCGAGUUAGAUGAGCGCUCAACACGGGUUGCCAAGAUUUUGGUGUCAAAGUCCAUUGGCCCUGAAACUGUUGUCCCUCUGUGCUUUGAAAAGUCCAAAUGGGCCGUUGUCGCGGCGCUUGCUGUCCUGAAGGCCGGGGGUGUCGUCACUCAGCUGGGUGUUUCACAUCCUUUAAGUCGCAAGAAGGAAAUUCUCGAAGACACCAGAGCAAAGCUUGUAUUGGUACCGUCGACAAAUAUUGGUGACGAUUUUGCUGGCAUAGUCCCAACAAUGGUCAUCGAUAAUCAAUCAACAACCCAGCUACUUAAAUUUGAUACACCCCUUCCAGAAAUCAGGCCCAGCAACGCAGCGUACAUAUUGUUCACUUCGGGAAGCACUGGGCGGCCAAAGGGCAUUGUAGUUGAGCACCGGAAUCUUGCAUCCAGUUCGUUCGCCCACGGCAGGCAAUUCAAGAUUAACCAGAGUACAAGAGUGUUCCAAUUCGCAGCUUACACGUUCGACAUCAGCUGCGCCGAUGUAUUUACAACUCUCCAGCGCGGCGCCACAAUAUGCAUACCAUCCGAAUAUGAGCGUAUAAACGACCUGGCCGGCGCUGUUACAAAGUACCAGGCAGACUGGAUGUUUGUCACGCCCACAGUCGCCCAGUUAAUUGAUCCGGACUCGGUGCCUUCCUUGCGCACUCUCGUGUUGGGUGGCGAAGCUCCGACAACUGAGAACGUCAACACGUGGGCUAAGAGGCUGGAUCUCAUCUUCAUCUGGGGCCCUGCAGAGACUACUAUCUACGCUUCUGCCAAUCCACCCGCCACGCGGGACAGUUCUCCGAAGAGACUGGGUCAUGCCUUGGGUUGCCACAUGUGGCUCUGCGAUCCACACAAUCACGAUAAACUAGCUCCUGUUGGAUGUGUUGGCGAGAUUCUGGUUGAAGGUCCUAUCGUGUCCCGAGGAUAUUUACACGAUCAGGCCAAGACCCUUGCGGCGUAUGUGUAUCCAAUCUGGGCUGGGAAAUCACGCCGUAUGUACAAGACUGGUGAUUUGGCGCGCUAUGUUGAAGAUGGUGUUAUGCACUUUGUCGGCCGCAAAGAUGACCAGGUGAAAGUUCGCGGUCAACGUGUCGAGAUCAAAGAAAUUGAGUACCACAUGCUGGCAAACCCCAGCAUUCGUCAUGCGGUAGCCUUGGUGCCUUCAUAUGGACCUCUUGAAGCAAAGCUCAUCGCAGUCCUGGCCCUGUCAAAUAUUUCUGAGCGAGACGUCCCCGAGCAUGAACAACUGAAGCCACUACAAGGAGAGGACAAGCAGGCAGCUGGCAAUCAGGUUGCUACAAUAAGGCAGUUGCUGGAAGAACGUCUCCCUAGUUAUAUGAUCCCCACGGUCUGGAUCUGUGUUGAGACGAUGGCUCUGACUGGACAUGGCAAGACGGAUAGGAUGGCAGUUGCGAAGUGGGUUGAAAAUAUCGACCAUGAGGCUUAUGAAGACCUGCUACUAGACUCCAGCGAAUAUGAUACGCAAGUAGAGUCUGCGGUAGCUGCGUCAAGUCAGUCAACAGUUAUUCGAACUCUAGCCAGCCAAGUCCUCGGCAUUCCAGCCGUUCCCAUGAAUCGCUCUUUCUUUGGACUUGGUGGCGAUUCCAUUACAGCCAUGCAGCUCCGAAUCAAGGCAAGAGCAGCCGGUAUCGACUUGAGCGUUAGAGAUAUCUUGAAGGCAAAAAGCCUGUUUGGCAUGGCCGAGGCUGCAACACCUAUCAUCUUCGGCUCUCCAUUCCCGAUUACGGAGAUUGAUGCCCCUGUAGCUGAAGUAUUGGAUACACCAUUCCGGCUGUCCCCUAUUCAAAAACUGUUCUUUGAUACUGCUGGCCCACCUCCGGGUUCUUCUACAUCGCACUUCAAUCAAACCCUACUGCUCAAAGUCAACCGAAAGAUGGAGGUCCUGAGAAUCCACCAAGCCAUUCACGCCAUUGUCAGCCGUCACUCAAUGCUCCGUGCGAGAUUCUCCCGCGGGAAUCAAGGUGAGUGGACGCAGAGUCUGACUGACAAGGUGGAGGAAUCGUUCACUUUUCAAGCUGAGAGGAUAAAGGACCGGAGCAAACUGUACAAGAUUCUGGCAGAGCGAAACUCUUCUUUUGAUAUAAGCCAAGGUCCUAUAUUCGCCGCCCACCUGUUUGACAUCAAUAAUGAGAGUCAGGGACAGCUUCUCCUUCUCUCAGCCCAUCAUCUUGUAAUUGACGUCGUUUCCUGGCUGGUAAUUCUUGGUGACAUGGAAGAAUUCCUGACCAGCUCCAAGCCCGGCCUACUGUCUUUCGAGAAACCUCUCUCCUUCCAAACCUGGCUACGUUCACAACAAGAGCAGCAGGAAGAAAAUUUGGUGCAGGCUAACGGGCUCAAUCCCUCCCUGAAUGGUAUGCAAGCACUUGAUCUCACCUAUUGGGGCAUAACCGACAAGGUCAAUAAGUACGGUAGCGAAGUAGAACUAUCCUUCUCACUGGACGAGGAAGAAACUGCAAGGCUGUUACGUGGAUAUGCGAAUAUGACACCACCUGCUACGAUCGAGUCCGUCGAUAUUAUGGUAGCAACUCUGUUGCAAGCAUUUCCGGCUGUGUUCAUCGACCACCCAAUACUCCCUACCGUGUUCUCGGAAGGCCAUGGCCGCGAGUCUGCAGAUAAGGAUGUCGACCCUUCGGGAACAGUUGGCUGGUUCACUACUCUGAUACCUCUGCACGUAGUGUCGGUCGAAGAUAAUAUUGUGAACACGAUACGGGAGGUGCAGAAGGCCCGGUUACAGACGAAGCUCCUGGGACCACGUUUCAGUGUUGGUAGAGAUUACUUCGGCACACGCUCAACCCGGAUAGAGAUUCUUUUCAACUUCCUUGGCAGCUUCCAACAACUCGAGUCAAAAAAUGGUCUCUUUUCAGAUGCUCCACUGUUAGAGAAUGAGAUCAUCAUUGACAACGGCCCUGAGCUGAACCGCCUUGCCCUAUUCGAUAUUUCCGCCAUUGUCACGGGUGGGAGACUAAAGAUGACAUUUAAGUACAAUGAGAGGAUGCAACACCUGAAUAGAAUUCAUGAAUGGAUUACGACGACUCACUCCUUACUAAAGGUCGCGGUUGAAAGUUUAAGCAACUUGGACACAUCUGAAUUCGAAACCUAUUUCGCUAAGCCUGGCAGCGAAACAAAGAAGGAUGCGUUAUCUUUACAGAAACAGAUGCUUGAUAAUUUGGGAGUUGAUAUGGAAAAUGUGCAAGAGAUUCUACCAUGCGUGCCUCUGCAGCAACACAUGGUAUCAAAAAUGGCUCAGCAGGGUGGGCUGGGAAUUUACGAGAUCGAGCUCGCCUUCCACAUCACAGGAGACAAUGUCAAUACAGCGAAGCUCGAAUCAGCGUGGCAGCAGGUAAUCGACAGACACUCAAUACUGCGCACGAUUAUUGUACCCAGUGAUGUACGAGCAGGCUUCCAUGAACAGGUGGUACUCGCACAUUAUCCAGCUAAUGUGCCCGUUAUUACUUGUGUCGACAAGCAUGACGUGGUCGCGCAAGCGCAAGCUUACAGAUCUGUCGACUACCAAAAUUUCAAUCGUCCGCACCAUCAGCUUACUAUCUUCGAAACUAAUGAUGGGGCUCACAAAGCAUGCAAAUUGGAGAUAAGCCACGCUCUGAAUGACGGCGUCUCGACAGCUCUCAUGCUUCGUGAUCUGCAACAAGCUUACCAAAAACAGCUCAACAAAGGCCCAGGACCCGCAUUCAGUAGCUUUGUGUCUUGGCAAAGCGAGGAAAUAACAGCCAAGUCCUCUGACUACUGGAAGAAGUUUGCGCGGGGGACGCAGGCGGCGCCAAUACCAGCCAAAAGAGCAGCUGCGACAACACACAAAGUGUUUGCCAUAGAUGUAUGCGUCAGCACUGCGAAAAGGAUUCUAAAUACUUGCCUCGGACAUGGUGUCACCAUGGCUACCUUCUUUCAGGUUGUCUGGGCCCUUGUGUUGUCUGCCCAUACAGGACGGGACGAUAUACUGUUUGGUUAUAUGACGGCAAAUCGCGACGUCCCCCUCGAGGGCGUAGGCGAUAUAGUCGGUCCCCUUGUGAAUAUGAUACUCUGCCGAAUUGACAGAAGCAAAGGCAGUCUCGGUGACUUAUUAUCAAGAGCACAAGAUGAUUUUUUGGAAUCGCUUACACACCAGCAUGGUCUAAUUGGAUCAGUUCUACCCGUAUGGAACUCGGUUAUGAGCCUUCAAUAUCUUGAUUCGCGAGUGGCACGAAUGGGCAAUGAUGACAGUUUUAGGGAUGGCGGGAUUCAGUUCGAGCAAUUCUGGGGACAUGAUCCUAAUGAGUGGGAUAUCACUCUCGGCGUUCAGGUAAAAUCUGGAUCGAGUGGUAAUGAUGUAAUCCACGCCUUUGUUGGAUAUUGGUCCGACAGUAUAAGCGAGGAAGAAGCCCAGAAGAUAAGACGGAGCUUUGGGGAAGCAGUGGAGGACUUGAUAACUGGGACCUAG